UCAUGAGAAAAAACGCGUGGAUCGUGUUGUUAGACUCAAAGCACACAUAGACCUCCUUUUAAUAAUAUAAAUACCUGCAAGUUUCCUGCGUUUAUUUUAUUCAGUUUAUCAUGUGCACAUGAUUGAAUUAAUAGUGAAACGAUUGAAUUCCUCGGAAUAAACUGAAAGAUGGAGUAUUUACCGGAGUCAAACGCGAGAUAUAAAGAUGUGGAUUACUGGGACGAGCGGUACCGGACGGAGAAGCGCUUCGAGUGGUUCGGAGACUUCACCAAAUUCGAGCAUCUACUAAAGGAGCAUGUGGAGGUGGAAGAAGACAUUUUGAUGCUUGCUGGCAAAGUUCGCUAUGGUUGUGGGAACAGUGCUCUUAGCUCUGAUAUGUACCAAGCCGGCUACACCGCCAUCACUAACGUAGAUUAUUCAAGUGUUUGUGUGGAAAGUAUGGCGGAGCAACACAAGGACUGCGCUCAACUCAGCUGGCUUUGUAUGGACGCCCGACGCCUGGCCUUCCCAGACGGUGUGUUUGAUGUGGUGCUGGAGAAAGGAACUCUGGAUGCCAUGCUGGUGGAGGAGACCGACCCGUGGAAAGUCUCAGACGAUGCGACCCGACUGCUGCACCAAGUUCUCCUGGAGGUGAGUCGUGUUUUGAAGCCUGGUGGCCGUUUCAUCUCCGUAACGUUUGCCCAGCCACAUUUCCGCAAAAGACUAUAUGCUCGAGCAGAGUACAACUGGUCUAUCAAGCACUACCAAUAUGGCCGCAGCUUCCACUACUUCCUGUACGUUCUCACUAAAGGGGAGGAGCUUAGCCCAGAGGAUGCCGCAUUGGAGAGGAGACUUCUAACAGAAGCUGAGGCUCUGCCCACUGAAGUGCAAUUUCAGGAAGUAGAUUCAGAGGACUUCCUGAAUAACAUUGGAAUAUAGGGAAAGUAAAGACACACGGCACCUCAGUCAAAAGACUGAAAUCUGCUGACAUAGGUUUUGCAGACUUUAACACAUUUUAAGCUUCUCCUAUCCUUUAGUUUUAAAGGGAAAAUGUAAAUGGUGACAAAAUGUUCAUUUUUGGAAGAACUAUUCCUUUAACAGUUUACAGAGUAGGACUGAAAGAGGAAUGGAUCUACGACAUGCCGCAACCUCUGGAAAUUGCUCUGGUGAACUUAAAGGGAUUGUUCACCUAAAAAUUUAAAUUCUCUCAUCAUUUACUCACCCUCUUGUCAUCCCAGAUGUGUAUGACUUUCUAUCUUCUGCUGAACACAAAUUAAGAUUUUUAGAAGAAUAUCUCAGCUCUGUAGAUCCAUACAAUGCAAGUGAAUGGUGGCCAGAACUUUAAAGGUCCAAAAAGCAUUUAAGGGCAGCAUAAAAGUAAUCCAUACGACUCCAGUGGUUAAAUCCAUAGCUUCAGAAGCGAUAUGAUAGGUGUGGGUGAGAAAGAGGUCAAAAGUCCUUUUUUACUAUCAAUCUCCAUUUUCGCAUUCUUCUUCUUUUGUUUUUGAUGAUUCUCAUUGUUUGCGCAUAUCGCCACCUACUGGGCAGGGAGAAGAAUUUAUAGUAAUAAAUGACUUAAAUAUUUAUCUGUUUCUCACCCACAGCUGAAAUGUUCUUCUAAAAUAUUUGUUUGUGUUCAGCAGAAGAUAGAAAGUCAUUAACAUCUGGGAUGGCAUGAGGGUGAGUAAAUUUUUGGGUGAACUAUCCCUUUAACGACGGUAUUUGAAAUGUGCCAAAAACCAAACACAGAAACUUUGAAAACUCCUUAUCUGACUUUUAAGUUUAGGUUUUUUCAAUGCUUUUACAUUGACCAACUAUAAACUUUUCAGGGUCACAUUUGAUAUUACAUUGCUCAUGUUAUUUUGUAUUUACAUUAGUAUUUACUGAGUAAUGAGUAUUACUUAUCAACUACAUGUACUAUUUGUGUUACAAUUUAACGGAGCAGUUUGUAAUUACAAAUUGCUUUUUUUUUUGUUACUGUAGUAAUUAAUUACAGUAACAUGUAGUAUGUGUAAUAUGGACUAUAAAGUUUUACCUUUUUAGCUAGAUCUUGUCUAUUUUUAACAAGUUUUUAAACCAUUUUUAAACAAUGCUUCAUGUGCCGUUUUUUUCCUACAUUCUGCAUCUCUCUCCUCCUCUCUGAGUCCUAUUUCUUAGUGUGAUUGUGUUGAUUGGUAUGACAAGGUUGAGUGCUUGACACCUGCACAUUUUCCAUGGACAAAUCUGUCACAAACACUUCUCAAACAACAAAUAAACCGACAGAAAAUAAACAGA